GACUGUCAGACCGCUGUCAGUCUUCAGUUAUCCCUCGUCCGAAGUGUUUAUCUGUAAGAGUCCACAUGGUAUAUGGUGUUCUGUACUUGUGUUCAUCUAUGCUGUACGCUAGACGCGAGCCACGCUUCCAUUGACAUUGGCUGAAAUGUUUAUACCUGUUCAUUAGUGAAAUAAUCCACAAUAUUUCGGGAUUAUCAGAGAAUUUUUAAUUUUCGGAAAUGUGCUGUUAUGUGGUUUAAUUCGCAUAAUGGCAGAUAGUGAUAAUGAAGGAUUCGAUAGCAAUGAUGCAGGAGUUAAUUUAACAGGAUUUUUAUUUGGGAAUAUAGACGAAUCAGGCAAUUUGGAAAGCGAUGUUUUCGAUUCCGAAUCACAGAAGCACCUGACCUUGCUAGGCAGACUCGCUUUGCGAUCAAUGAUUAAAGAAGUUAUUGGGGAAGAAAAAAUUCGGGAUGAUUCCGGAAGUGAUUAUGAUGCAUCCGAAGAAAGCCAAGGUGCGACUAGUCAAGAAUCAAAAUUUGGGGAUGAAUCUGACGAUCUCGGAUCUGAAACCUACGAUCAGAAAUCCCCAUCUGCACAGGACUUUUUUGACAUUAAUGAGAUUGCUGAUGAUGAGGAUCAGCAGUCAAUCAUUCCAGAAAGUAGUUCUGCUAUUAAGGAAGUACGCAAUGAUAAAAAUCUCAUGCCACCUCCACCUGCACCAAACACAAAUGAAAAUGCGGAAAACAAUGCAAAAGGAGUUGAAAAGCGGAAACUGGAUACGCCACUGGCCGCUAUGCUACCUUCCAAAUAUGCUAACACAGAUGUGACUGAGCUGUUUCCCGAUUUUAGACAUGAACAAGUAUUGCGAUUUUCACGAUUAUUUUGUCUAGGCAAGUCUAACAGUCUUCCGAAUAUCUGGAAAAACGUCAGGAAAAAACGAAGAAAACGGAAACAGAAAGGUAGUCAGCCCGAUUCCGAUUCUUCAGACGAAGAAAAACCUAGAAAUCGAGGAUGGUUUUUUGACUAUGAGAAUAAUGUACCCCCUGAAGGGAUUAAGAGCGAUGAUGAGGAGAAAUUCCUAAAACCCGUAGAACAGCAAAGCGAGUCAAAUAAAGACGAUUCAGAGAAAAAAGACGAAUCAGGCCCUAAAGCAGCAGAUUGGCGUUUUGGACCAUCUCAAAUUUGGUAUGACAUGUUAGACGUACCAGAAACAGGCGAUGGAUUUAAUUACGGAUUUAAACUCAAAGAAGAGAAAGAAGAGGUAAAAGAAGAAAAACCCUCAGAGUUCGAGCCGUAUCCAGACGAGGCAUUUUUGAUGGUGACUCAAUUGCAUUGGGAAAAUGAUAUUAUUUGGGAUGGAAGCGAGCUGAAACAUAAGAAAUUGAAUAGUAAGACAAAUGCGGCCGGAUGGGUUCCUAGUAGCUGUAAUCGCACAGCUCAAGCAUUCAGUCAACCAGGGAAAGUCAGCACCAAUAGUAUCCGAAUGCCCCCCGUUACUAACCCUACAAUAGCUGCUCUUAAGCAGAAGAAUGCUAUUAUUCCCAUCAAGCCCAGAACAGAACAGGAGCAAGAUGAUACCUGGUAUUCAAUAUUUCCAGUAGAAAAUGAAGACUUAGUGUAUGGGAGAUGGGAGGACGAUGUGAUUUGGGAUGCUGAGAAUAUGAAUUCCAUUCCAAAACCCUCUAUACUGACUUUAGAUCCCAAUGAUGAAAAUAUUAUUUUAGGAAUUCCCGAUGACAUUGAUCCAUCGAAACAAAUCGCAGGCCAAGCCACUCCAGUUAAGGUGAAAAUACCCCACCCUCAUGUUAAAAAAUCGAAGAUUUUGCUCGGAAAAGCUGGUGUUAUUAACGUGUUACAAGAAGAUACGCCACCACCGCCUCCAAAAUCGCCAGAUCGAGAUCCAUUUAAUAUUUCCAAUGAUAUUUACUAUCAGCCUCGUACUUCUGAAACAACCAUGCGACUUAAAGUAGGGGGAGCGAAUUUAAUCCCACAUUCUACGCCAGUGGUAGAACUGCGAGUACCUUUUAUUCAAACUCACAUGGGCCCCAUGAGAUUGAGAAAUUUUCAUCGCCCGCCUAUGAAACGUUUUUCUCAUGGACCACUCGCUAUGCCUGGACCGCAUUCUGCUUUGCCAUUGGUAAAGCACAUUAAAAAGAAAGCGAAACAAAGGGAACAGGAACGAAUGGCAUCAGGAGGGGGUGAUGUGUUUUUCAUGAGAACUCCUGAAGAUCUUACUGGGAGAGAUGGAGAUUUAAUUCUCGUGGAAUUUUGUGAGGAACACCCACCUUUAAUGAAUCAAGUGGGAAUGUGUUCUAAAAUCAAAAACUAUUAUAAAAGAAAAGCUGCUAAAGAUAGCGGUCCACCCUCAUAUAGAUAUGGGGAGACGGCCUACGCACAUACUUCGCCAUUUCUGGGCAUUCUUCAUCCAGGACAGUCGAUUCAGGCAAUUGAGAACAAUAUGUAUAGAGCUCCAAUUUAUAGUCAUCAAAUGCCAACUUCGGAUUUUCUUGUAAUACGCACUCGACAACAAUAUUAUAUUCGCGAAAUCGAUGCGUUAUACGUCGCUGGUCAGGAGUGCCCACUCUAUGAAGUACCAGGACCAAAUUCGAAGCGAGCCAACAAUUUUGUCAGGGAUUUUUUACAAGUCUUUAUUUAUCGUUUGUUUUGGAAGAGUCGUGAUAAUCCACGACGCAUUAAAAUGGACGAUAUAAAAAGAGCAUUUCCGUCACAUUCAGAAAGCAGCAUACGCAAAAGACUGAAGUUGUGCGCCGAUUUUAAAAGAACGGGCAUGGACUCAAAUUGGUGGGUGAUUAAACCGGAAUUCAGACUUCCAACUGAAGAGGAAAUUAGAGCGAUGGUGUCGCCGGAACAGUGCUGUUCUUAUUUCAGUAUGGUUGCUGCAGAACAAAGGUUGAAGGACGCUGGCUAUGGUGAAAAGUUUAUUUUAACACCUGCUGAAGAUGACGAUGAAGAAAUGCAGUCGAAAAUGGAAGACGAAGUAAAAGUGGCCCCUUGGAAUACAACCAGAGCGUAUAUUCAGGCAAUGAAGGGCAAAUGUCUUCUGCAAUUAACUGGACCUGCUGAUCCUACAGGUUGUGGCGAAGGUUUUAGUUAUGUGCGUGUUCCCAACAAACCCACUCAAAGCAAAGAAGAGCAGGAGUCACAACCAAAAAGAACUGUUACAGGCACGGACGCUGAUUUAAGAAGAUUGUCUCUAAACAAUGCAAAAGCCCUAUUACGUAAAUUCGGCGUCCCCGAAGAGGAAAUUAAAAAAUUAUCUCGAUGGGAAGUUAUCGAUGUGGUGCGUACUCUUUCUACGGAAAAAGCUAAAGCCGGCGAAGAAGGAAUGGAUAAAUUCUCCAGGGGGAAUCGGUUUUCUAUUGCGGAACACCAAGAGCGGUAUAAAGAAGAAUGUCAAAGAAUUUUUGAUCUUCAAAAUCGAGUAUUAGCAAGUGAGGAAGUUUUGAGCACCGACGAAGGUGAAAGCUCCGAAGAUGAAAGCGACGAGGAUAUUGAAGAGAUGGGCAAAAACAUAGAAAAUAUGCUGGCAAACAAAAAAACCAGUACCCAACUGUCUUUGGAAAGAGAGGAGCAAGAGAGGCAAGAGCUUAGAAAAAUGAUCAUGGAAGGUGACAAAGAGAGGAAAGAAAAGAAGAAAGAUGAGGAUGAAAGUCAGGAGCAAGGACGAAUUCUGAAGAUCAUGAGAACAUUCAAGAAUACAGAUGGCAAAGAAUAUACUCGAGUGGAAUAUGUUCGAAAACCAGCUGUAAUAGAUGCCUAUGUGAAAAUUCGAACCACCAAAGAUGAUAGCUUUAUUAGACAGUUUGCAACAUUGGACGAAGCACAAAAGGAAGAGAUGAAAAGGGAGAAAAGGCGCAUACAAGAACAGCUAAGGCGCAUAAAGAGAAAUCAGGAAAAGGAAAGAAUGAGUUUGAAUCAUCAUUCAUCAAGCUCUACGUUAAUUCCACACGUACCAUCAGAAAAACUGCCUAAUCCAAGUGACUCCCCAACGCUAAAUCUAGCGACUCCAUCCAAAGCAGUUACGCAAAGUCCAUCGAAAUCUCGAAGACGCACAAAACUAAAACCAGAUCUCAAGCUCAAAUGUGGUGCUUGCGGGCAAGUUGGACAUAUGAGAACAAACAAAGCUUGUCCUUUAUAUCAGAAUUCAGGUGUCUCUGGUACUCCCAUGAGCGUCUCUUUGAAUGAAGAACAAGACGAUGAAAUUGACAGACAGUUAAAUACAGACGAUGAAGAUUUAGUCAACGUUGAUGGAACCAAAGUGAAAUUAUCUUCAAAGCUUAUCAAGCAUGCUGAGGAGAUGAAACGAAAAAGCCUUCUUCUCAAAGUACCAAAGGAUGCGCUUGGCAAAAAACGAAAAAGAGGUGUUUCAGAUAUACAUUGUGAUUAUCUGAAGCGGCCGAAUAAGUCAGCCAAUCGAAGAAGAACAGAUCCUCUUGUAGUGCUAUCUAGCAUUUUCGAAGCCGUGUUAAAUGAAAUGAGAGAUAUGCCCGAUGUCCAACCCUUUAUAUUUCCGGUCAAUCAGAAAUUGGUCUUGGACUACUACAAAAUCAUUCAGCGACCGAUGGAUCUGCAGACUAUCAGAGAAAGUUUGAGGCAAAAAAAGUAUCAAAGCCGAGAAGAAUUUUUAGCAGACGUAAAUCAAAUUGUGGAAAACUCCACGUUGUACAACGGCCCAAAAAGCAGCUUAACUGUAGCAGCAACUCGUAUGCUUAAUAAGUGCGUGGAACGGCUGAGAGAAAAGGAAGAUCGGUUGAUGCGAUUGGAGAAGGCUAUUAAUCCAUUGUUGGAUAACGAUCAAGUGGCGUUUACUUAUUUGUUGGAAAAUAUCAUGAAUACGAAGUUAAGAGCAAUGUCCGAGUCUUGGCCAUUCCACAAGCCGGUUAACAAAAAGAGCGUGAAGGAUUACUACACGAUUGUAAAGAGGCCUAUGGAUUUGGAAACAAUUUCAAACAGGAUUUUGACCCACAGAUAUCACAAUCGUCAUGAUUUUCAAGUGGAUGUUGAGCAAAUUUUGGAGAACUGCAUUUUGUAUAAUGGAAAGGACUCGCCAUUUACUGAAAAAGCGGAAAUGUUAGUGAACAGCUGCAAAGCAGCAUUAGAUGAGUUUGAUGAACAUUUAACCGUGCUGGAAAACAAGCUCGCUGUAGAACAGGAGAAAGCAGCACAAGAUGAUGAAUCGUGGAUGGUGGGUGAAGAGGAGAGUUACACCCUAAAUGAACAAGAUAGAAUUAGUCAACUAAGUUCUCCAGAUCAUGGCAUGUCGCCAGGCAAAAUGCAACCUGACGAUUAUGAUUUCGUUGACGUGGAGGGCGACGUUCACAUGGACGAAUCGAUGCUUAUUCCAAAGAAUUUGAAAAAACGCUUUAAAUCUGAUGAAGCUGCCACUCUGGAACAGGAUCUCCAAUUUUCAAGUGAAGACGAAUUGGAUGAGGUGCCUCUAACCGAGUUUGAAAGCGAUCAAAAUGAUCAAAAAGGAAUUUUGAUCUCCGCCGAAAUUCCAAUGGCAGAUGACGAUAGUCAACAAGCUGCGGAAGCCAUGGUACAAUUGGGUUCCAUGGGUUUCUACCAACAAGAAGAAUUGGCGGAAGCCGAAACGCUGAUGUUUAAAGAGGAAAGUAUGGAUGUCGAUCCAAACUAUGAUCCGUCCGAUUUUCUGAUGUCCGGCUUAGCGUCUGUUCGCAAAGUUGAAGAUCCUAUUCAAGGGCAAGACAUCAAGAUCCACGAUGAUUUGGCAGUUAGUGAAAGCGAUGAAGAAUUGCGUAAUGAUUUGGAGCCGGAACCCGAAAAUAAUCCCGAAGACGAUGACGGGGUUUGGUUUUAGGCAAAAGGCCCGAAGAGGGAAUGGCAAUAAAACAACUUAACAUUAUUUACUUCAAGUUUUCGAAUGAAAACUUCAAUUAAAUAAUACAGUAUUAAUUAUUAUAGUAAAAACAAGCGAAUAUUUAGAUUGUACAUAAAAUGUAUCGAUUAGCAGCUAUUUUUUGCAUCGUGCAAUAUGCAAAAUAAUGUUGUUUUACUUGGUAUAUUUAUUUUACAACAGAUGAGUCAAUCCCCCGUGUACAUUGGCUAAAGUUGAUUUAAUGCAAGUUGUAAAACCUCCACUGUGAAAUCAGCAUCUUCCUUGGUGAUGCACAUGGGAGGUUUAAUACGUAGGACCUGUCGAAAAAUACUUCAUUACAAACUUUCACUAAGCAGUUGUUAGUAGUUGAUUUUGUUUUCGUCUUGGGUAAAGUUUAUAGGAGUAUGUAAAUAUUGUGAAUUGUAAAUAUUAGUCUACUAGAAGAUUUAAGAUUGCUAA